AUGGGCCAUUCGCCGCCGUCCUUGGCCGUGCUUGUCCCAGUGGUUGUCUCUUCAACGGCUCCUUUUGACUGGAGUCCCUAUUUAAUGCGGAGAGAUGUGUGGCAGAGGCUUUCUUCGAGUAGAAACCCUACACCAAUCCUUUCAUCCCUCCUGGAAUUACUCGCCAAAGAAAAGUGCGAUUUCAGCAACCCUUUGUGGAGAAAACUAAGCCUGGAAUUACAGUCGUCCUCGUCAAACAGAAAUCCCUCGCCGCCGGAGAUGCAAAUAAGGAGGAGCAGAAGAAGUAUGGUGAUGAAGAGAAGGGCGCGUUUGGAUCGGUGCAUAAGGCCGAUAAACGCAAUUGAAAGGAAGGUGAGAAUACUGAAAAAGCUGAUUCCGAACAGUGAAUACAUGGGGGUGGAGACUCUUUUCCGGGAGACGGCGGAUUACAUUGUUGCUUUACAGAUGAGGGCUAAAGCAAUGCAGAUUAUGGUUGAUGCGUUGUCUGCUUCUGCCGAUGAGUAA